UGGAAAUUGAUUUCAAGCCAACUCGUCCAGCGAAUUUGCGAACCUUGUCCGCCUUCUUUGAUAUUUAGAGUAUCGCCCAACUUCAUCACCUGAGAUGGCCGGCUCAAAGCAAGAAGAUACGGCAGCACUUGGUCGAACCAUAGCCUCAGCGCAGGCAUUACUAUCACAACUCACCACAUCUUCGGAAACAACGAUCACGCAAACGAUACCCUCCCCGCCUAACGCCCUUCAUGUUGCUCGAGACUCUGCAAAGCUACUCAAAGCCCAUGUCACUAAGAUUGCGCUCCUCGCUACCAACAAGCCAUUCACGCCUUCUGCAAUAACGAAAGUCCUCCGUGAACUCAGUGGGACCUGUCUGCCAGCAAUGAUGAGUGCAGUACAGAUCUGCCAGCAGGAGAAGGAUACGUGGGGCGCGACCAUGGGCACAGAGAUCCGAACUCGAGUGAAGCGAGCAUUUCGAGAAGUUGAGGGGCUGCUUGCAGAGGUUCAGUCUAUUGCGGACGGCCACGGCUCGGUGGCCGGCGGAAGGAGCAGUCUGAGUGCGACAGGCGUUGUGUGGGAAGCGUGUGAUGCGCUUAUCGAAUUGGAGAGGCUGGGAAUCGCUGGUCUGGCUGUGAAGAAGGCGGAACAGUAUCGGGAUACCAUCAAAGAUGCGAUUGCGGAAUUACAGGAAUGGCGCGAGGGCGAGGAUUUAGACUCUGAAGGACGUGGAGACGUGCUACUGGACAGUGAUGAUGAAGGCGUUGAUGGCGACAACGACAGCAUCGAGGACAUCUUCAAUGCGGCAAACAGCAUGCCUAAGGACCGGCCAGAAUUGCGCGAACUUGUCCAAGAUGCGGAGGGCAGACUGAAGAAGGUAGUUCUGCUGUACACGGCGGUCAUCAAACGACGGCUGAAGACCUUCGUUUCCGUUAAUGCGCAUCACACCGCGGGCCGCUUAGACGAAUUACUCAUACACUUGACGGCCAUCCCAGAUCUGAUCGAUGAGCUCGCAGGCUCUUUCUACGAUCUAGAUGAGAAGCAAGCCAAGUCUAGGCUGGAUAGGUGCAUCUUGGAAGCUCGAGGCGCUGGCAGUGUAGCGGCGCUGAGUUGGAAGGGAGAAGAAGAUGAGUUUACGGCCUGGCAGAAAAAGUGGGAGGCAGCUAUUGGAUGAUCGUGAAUCAAUACACAGUCGUAAAUUGAACGCCCUCAUUUGAUACUCAAUGCUUGAUGAUUUAUGCGUAUGGGACAGGGCUUUGCACCAAGUAUGGCGAAUCUGGGAGUGAGUCAGGAUACAACUUCAAGCGUCACAAGGGUGUGAGACAACAGGCCCGUGUAGUGAACGGUGCUUACAAUUGGCAGCGUAGAUGAAACGGCCUCACGACCUAUAUACAUGCUCACAAUCACCGAUGCCACAAC